AUGGCCAAUGAGGAUCAAGAGGAUGUUUGUUACAUGGAUGUUCAAGAAUACGCAAUAAGCUACAUGGAAAGAAAUCAAAUACUAAGGCAUGUGCAUAUCGCCAACCAUUGCUUUGGUGAUAUGUUUUACGGAGACUUCAUGGAGAUGCGAUCCGAUUGGCGCAUGAGUGAACAAUAUAAGUUCAAGCUAGACUGUGCUUCGUCAUUAGCAGAUCUUGGCGAAGGAAAAUACAAUAAUGCUGCUGAAGGGUUUCUCAAACUUAUCAAAGAUGUCAAUAAGUACGAUUACAGUGAGGUACUCUCGUCCGAGGACGUUGUAGCAUAUGGACUCUUGUGUGCCAUGGCUAACUUUGAUCAAGAUAAACUUCGGGAAGCUCUUCAAGAGGUCAUUGAACCUCUUUAUGGGGUAGUUGAUCAUCUCAAGGAGAUCAUCCACCCUUACAGUUGCAGGCAAUUUGCUACUUGUAUGAAACUGUUGGAAAAACAAAAGCCAAGACUGUGUUUAGACAUUUACCUCUGCCCGUAUGUGGAGUCUUUAGUUUCCCAGAUCAAGGAUGUAGCGGUAGCUGGGUUCGGCGAUAAUCAGGUUGCAUCAUUGAAGAGACAGAUUAAGGAAUUGGUCCAAAUGCCUUCCUCAUCUGAGUCUGCCCGUAUAGCACAGAGGAGACCAACUCACAAUUGCUUCAUCCUCAAGGAAUGUAAUCCAUUGCCGGGCUUAUUUCUCAACCAGAUCGACGUCGUCUCUGAAGGUGACCCUCUCCACCACCAUUCAUUCUCUGAUUAA